AUGACCCCUCUUAACCACAGAUCUUAUCAAGAUGUCGGAGCCCCGUCCCGAGUGUCGGAGGCACAUCCGACCUUUCGCCUUUUUUUUUACCGAUACGGCCAGCCGAAGCAUCACAUCAUUUUAAAGGCUUGCGAUCUCGUCAAUUUGUUUGCAGCAAUUUUGCAGUUACUGUCAAUUGAAAUGUCCCGCACAAGAACAAUUGGGCGUUUCUUGUCCUCCCCAUCCUGGAAUUGUACAUCAAUUUCUACAUCACGCAUUGGGUAUCAAUCACUCAAUCAGCAACGUAUGAGCUCUUCGGCAGCGCCUGUGGCUUCGGAGGCUGAGGCCGCCGCUGUGCAGGCAAACUACAAGAUCGUCCAAGACACAGGCAACUUUGACGAGGUUCAAGCCAAACGUCCAGAUUUUGAUCAAUUCAAACCAAUUGAAGUCACAAAAUCCCCAAAUCCCAAUUGGGAAUAUGGCCAAGGAGUCCCCGGUGCCGAUCUCACGGCAAAGCACCAUGAGAUUGACCCAUAUGCCUCGGAUCGACCGAUGAUCAACAACUACCGUCUGCUUGUUUCAGGAAUCGCCCCACGGCCAGUUGGUUUCCUAAGCACUGUCAACUCCAAGGGAGAGAAAAACUUGUCACCCUUCAGUUAUUUCCAAGUCAUCGACCAUGAUCCCCCAAUGUUCAUAGUGGGCUUUUCAUCCCGGCCGGCCCGCGUGAAAGACAGUUAUCGCAACCUCAAAGAGACGGGGGAAUGCGUCAUCAAUACUGUGUCUGAGAACAUGAUCGAAGCUGUCAACGCGACUUCAAUUGAUGCGCCGUAUGGCGUGUCGGAAUGGGAUGUUUCGGGUCUUCACGAGGCGCCGUCAACGACGGUGAAGCCCAGCCGGGUUGCAGAGUCUGUAUUCAAUAUUGAAGGCAAAGUCAUUGAUAUCAAGGAGUUCACGGACCAUCAAAAACCGGGGAUGAGUCUUGCUGCAACGGUUCUUAUCAAGGCGACUCGAUUCUGGGUAAAGGAAGGAACUGCGAAUGAGGAUAACAGCCAUAUUGAUCUAGAGAAGUUGCGUCCGCUUGGUCAACUCGGUGGAAUUUCCUAUGGUCGGGUUGUGUCGACUUUUGAGCAGCCGCGCAAAAAGUGGAGCGAUGAGGUACCGAAGAGUGAGAUCUUGUCAAAGCUUGAUGCUGGGAAACCUGUCGAGCAAUAA